AUGAUAAUCGAUGCCAUGGAUCUUCUGUACUCCAAAAAUUUUGAUAGCUUCUGUAUUGUCUCGAGUGACAGCGACUUCACUCGACUCGCUUCACGGAUUCGCGAAUCUGGUCUCGUCGUUUAUGGCUGUGGAGAGCGCAAGUCUCCCAAAGCAUUCGUUACAGCUUGCGAUAGGUUCAUUUACGUCGAAAAUCUUAUGCCAACAACAAAAUCUGCGCGACCAGUUGGCUCAGAUGGGCCAUCUAGCGCAGCAGGGCUAUCCGCGUCGUCAAGCUCCCUUCCGGUCCACACAUUGCUGGCUAAGCGGAAAAGGGUCGAAAGUAGAUUGGAAAAGGAGGCGUCUAUUGACGCCCAAGCUGUUAGUUCUUUGACGAUUGAAACUCGGGAGGUUAAUGAGGAGGUAAUUGACUUACUGUGGGAAGCCGUUGAAGUAGCAGCAGAUGAAGAGGGAUGGGCCGUUCUUUCGAAGGUCGGGUCUCUUAUUACGAAAUGGCAUCUAGAUUUUGACUCUCGCACCUACGGAUUCAGAAAGCUAAAGGAGCUACUGGCAUCCACCUCCCUCUUCGAAUUUACCCACCGCAGCCCUAGACUAGGAAAGCCAGAGCUAGCAUAUGCACGUUGCAGUGUUGAAUAAUGGGAAGCCCGUCUA